AUGAAAGCGGCUCAAGAUCGCCAAAAGUCCUACGCCAAUUUGAUUAGAAAGCAAGUGGAUUUCUCGGUUGGGGAUAAAGUUUGGUUGAAAGUAUCUCCCACCCGGGGAGUGAUGCAGUUUGGAAAGAAAGGAAAGUUGAGCCUCAGGUUUAUAGGUCCGUAUGAAAUCUUUGAGAGGGUUGGAAGUUUAGCCUAUUGUUUGGCGUUGCCCUUGGAAUUGGAGAGAGUGCACGAUGUGUUCCACGUAUCACAGCUCAAGAGAUAUGUACACGACCCCGCUCAUGUCUUACCAUCGGAAGUUAUAUCGCUAGAUGAGGACUUGUCUUAUGAGGAGAGACCGCUCAGAAUUCUGGAUUUCAAGACUCGGGACACGCGUAGGAAGUCUGUAAAGAUGGUAAAGGUUUGGUGGACGCAUCAUGGGGUUGAGGAAGCUACUUGGGAGCUGGAGUCCACCAUGCGAGAGCGGUAUCCAGAGUUAUUCUCGGCAGGACACCUUUUGUCUAGGAUGAUUGCCCAACUGGGAGACAUAGACAACAUUCUUAUUGUUUCACUUAAUGAAGGUUGUCUUUACAAAUCUGACUUUGACUUGUUGUCUCGGAGAGGUUACUUCGAAAGAUAG